AUGUCCUCACCAUCCACACCACGGUCGACGCGUUCCGUGUCGCCCGCGGGCGAUUCGCCGAACAUUAUUACGCCCGGGCAGAAGAUCAAGGCCAUGAUGGCGGAAUUCGACAGCGAUUCGGAAGAUGACACUCAAAUUGCCAAGUCAACAAAUGCAGUUUCGAAGCUUGAUCUAGGGCGUGAUUCGGUACUAGAUCCUCGUGCACGCGAGAAUGGCCCAUUGCAGGACUCGGAAGACGACUCGGACAGCGCAGAUGAGGUGUAUAGACCAAAAGGCCGCAUGGCUGCCCGUUUACAGGGCAAUCCUAGUCUGGCUAGACCUGAGCAUGAAGAUUCGGCUUUUGCUCGCGUGUCACAGGCCAUCCGAUCAGAAAGAGAACAGGGCGAGACGCCCCAGCAGCCCGAACCACAACCAACGCCCAUUGGCGAAUCUAGUGAUGAUGAUGAUCUACCUACGGCUGGCCCGAGCAGAAAGCAUAAAUCCAUAAACAAGUCCCCCAGCGCGGAGAACAGAACGAGCCAAACCCCUCCACAUUCCAGACCCGAUACUCCUCUCUUUGUGUCCUCUCCAGGGGAACCGCAUAACGACCCAGACACCGGAAAUGACGACACAGAAAAUACCGCGGAUAAGAAGCCUAAAGGAAACGCUCGUUUCUUGUCCCUUGUCGCUCAAAAGCGCAAGCAACGCGAGGAGCGAGAGAAAGCCGAGGCUGAAAGGAAAAAGGCCAUCCGAAGAGUUCAGUUGGAGCAGUUCAGCUCGGAGAUACUCUCAGGCGAAGAGAGUGGCGCUGAUGACCCACGUUCUGCGAGCAAGCUUUCCCAGAAGGCUCGCCAGCCCCGGAAAGCCAGCAAGAAGGCACUGGACGAGAUGAGACAGGAGACUCAGCGAAUGAGCCGUAACAUGCAACUAGCUCACCAGGCCAAGACAAAGAAGAAAAUCACCAAGGAAAGCCUCUUCGCCAAAUUCAACUUCAUGCAACCCGCCACUCCGGCCGAGCAGCUCGCGGCAAAUUCAUCGUCAGCAGUCGGAUCACAAAAUUCCUCUGAUGGAGGAGAAUUACUCACCAAAGCCAAAGAUACUCCUCAUACUUCUCCAGUUCUAGGUCAUUUGCCUGCCACUAAGUCGAACACUGAUUCUGAGCAUGCCCAAGUUCAAGCAGCUGAUGUGGAUAUGGAUGUGGACGUUGAAGAUUUGCCUGCCCCGAAAGACCUCCUGAUGCCAAACCAGCCACAUGCAUUAUCCAAGGCCCCUACAGUCCAAGAUGUCUCGACUUCUGUACCUGAACCCAAAUCCGAGGGAUUCAAAUCGAAGAGAGUUUCGCGCCCACUGACACAACCACCUAUCCGCGUGCUGCUUUCCAGACAAGCGGUAGCUGCGCAUCAAAAAGAUUCAGACGAUUCCGAUAGCGAUCUCGAGGUGGUAACAUCCCCUGGCAAGUGCCGUCGCAUUGCAGCGUUUGAGAACCUGCCUACUAGGCAGUUGCAUGAAGACCCCUCUAUGACCAAGCUCAAGGCAUUGGCACACCUGACAUCUCCUACCCGAAAAAUGACUUCCAUGAACUCCGCGGAGCUUUCUGCAAGUCUAUUAUGGCGGGCCCGACAGCAAGCGGCCAAAGAGCGCCGGGAGCGCAUUGAAGAGCUCAGGGCCAAGGGAGUUGUCAUUGAAACGGCCGAGGAGCGUGCAGCGAUGGAGGAUGACAUGGAAAACCUCGUUGACAAAGCACGCAAAGAGGCAGACGAAAUCCGCCGACUAGAGAAAGCUGCUAGGAAGAAGAGCAACGUUGACGAUGACGACGAAGAGGAUAAUGACUACGAGCUUUCCGGGUCUGAUCAGGAAGGUGAUGGUGAAGAUGAAGAUGACGACGACCAAGAGGAAGAAAACGAGCGCGUCAAUGGCGGCGGGGAUUUCGUUGAACAGGAGGCCGACGAAGACGACAAGAGUGAGGUCGCUCCUUCAGAUGUAGAGAACGAGAUGCCUACCGCAAGACGGAAGCGACGAACUCGCGUGAUUAGCGACGAUGAAGACGAGGACCAACCUCAACCGCCCUCAACGCCUGUGAGAGCCCCGAGUUAUGUCCCACAGUCCGCCGAACGACCCAACUUCCUUGGCAUGGGAACACCGGGUGAUAUGUCCCUAGGUCUUACCCAAGCAUUCGCGUCCACAUUGGAUGGCAAUGGCGCUGGCACCCAAGCGGAACCUGCCACCAUACCUUUCUCUCUCCCAGACCCUGGUCGGCCUGUCCCUCAACUUCGAAAGGAGGAAUCGGAGAUUCUUGUUCCAGACAGCCAGCCUCAGCCCCAGGAGAAAGACUUUAUGGAGGGCUACGCGCAGAGUGUGACCCGAGUAUCCGAGUCGCCUGCGCCAUAUGCCUUCUCCGAGUAUUCCCAAUCCCAGCUGCCCGACCCGACCCAGGAUGAGGGCUUUGUAUUCUCACCAUUCGAUCCUGCAAAGAGAUUCAGAGGCACCCCGCCCAUGUCCACUGUCGACACGGUCCUUGUGGGUCAAACUCAGUCACCCAUUGCUGACCGCAAGCGCAAAAUGUUGCGGCGAGGACGUGCAACUGAACUAUCUCAGGUCGACGAGAAUGAUAAUGAAGGCGACUUUGAAAUCGACGCCAAUGCCUUCAAUGUCAUGAAGAAGGAUAAGGCUAUAAAGAAGAAUCCUGCUCCGCAAUACAACAAGAAGGACAGCAAGGCGAAAGACAUUGUCGAUGAGGCCGCCGAAGAGUCUGAGGAUGAAUAUGCAGGCCUUGGAGGUCACAGUGACGAGAGCGAUGGCGAAGAAAACGCCAUUGAUCGCCAAAUGAUUAAUGACAACAGUGGCGAGGUGGUUGAUGAGAAGCAACUUGCCGCACUCAACGCGGUUCACGAUCGCAACCGCGACGAGAAAGAUGUCGCCAAGUUGAUGAGAGAUAUCACCACUGGAGCCCUCCGUCGUCGCAAGAAUGCCGAUGAUGACUUCGAUCUCGACGACUCAGAUGACGAGCACUUAGCACGUCGUCGUGAGAAGCAACGCGAGUUCGCUAAGAUGCGCCGUGCUCUCCUUGCAGACGAGAAAAUCGGCGAGAUUGCUGAGAACCCCAAAAAGGCUGCAUUCUUCAAGGCUGUUGAGGAUCGUGAAUUUGAUGAUGACUUCAAUAUUGACUUCCUGGAGGAAGAAGAGGACGGCUCCCAAGGAGGCACAUCACAGGACCCUCCCUCGGGAGAACAGUCGAAUGAUACGACGAGCGAUGGUCAGAACCGCAAGCGCCCUCUCGAACCAUCAACUGAAGAUGCAACCAACCGCCCGGCAGCUCGUCUCCGCCGCACCCCCGCCAGCGCAAUGUCAAAGAAACCAGCUACCAUAGCAGAGAUUCGUGAAACAUUAUCCUUCCUUACUGAAACUCCCGAAUAUGACUCCUUCCAUGAGGAUGCUUCUCUCGAUGAUGCAGAACACGAGGAAGAAGAUGAAGGCACUCCCGGCACUGAAGAAGGCGAUGAUGAUCACCCACAAUCGGACAGUACCUUCGCCAAACCUAGUCACCCACGCCGCACGCGCGGAGUUGUGGUCGACCGCCUUGCACUCCUCCGACAAGCAUCCUCCAACUCUGCUUCAGGCACCAACUCUGGCUCUGCAAACUCCAAGCUUGCAUUCCACAGCGGUAGCGGCGGAGAUGGUCCUAUUGGAUUCCGUCCUCCUCAACUUCUGCGUCGUGUUACGACUGGCUCAUCGUCUUCCAGUAGCUCGAGCGCCUCCAAUCGUGUCUCCAAAGCCGCAGCUUCGGGUCCCAAGAAGGGCGGUGCUGUCAACUCGUAUACAGCCGCGCGUGAACGUGAGCGUGAGAAGGAGCUUCGCAUCAAGCAGCGCAGCGGGGGAUCCAAUAUUGCCAAGUUGCUGGGUAAGCAUACUGGUGGUGGUUUGGGUGGCCUAGAUAAGGGCCAAUGGGACUAA